GAAUUACAAAUUAAGUCAAUUUACAGUCAGCAAUCAACCUUAACCAAGCCUGACCCCAAAAAUGCCCUGCUUUUGAGCUAGCUUCUCGCACAUCAGCUCGCUUCAAGUUGGUUGCAAUGUCUGCUCUGGACAAUUUGGACAAAUUUUGCAGCCCAGUGUCGCAAUUUUGGCGUCGUCGUGACCCUCCCUUCUCGUGUCUGUAUCACACGGUCAACCAGACCUGUCAAGAUGAGGUGGACCUCACCAUCUGUUUCGAGGACACUGCCAUUCUCUAUCUUGUCUGCGUGUCUCUCUGGUUACUGGCAGCACUGGAGUUCCUUACCACGAGUAGGAAGACAAGGGACAGGAUUGCUUUCAACCUUCUGAAUGUGUCAAAAAUUUUGCUGGUGAUAGUUCCGUUAGUGGCUGCUCUCUGUGACCUAGGAUACAGCAUCUAUCAGGGAGUGUCCUCAGACAGUGAGGAUAAAGUGGCUUACUUUCAGUACAUGUCCCCCGCUGUGAUUGUUGUCUCAAUGGUGAUGAUAGCGCUACUUCUCCUGUUUCAGCGUCACUAUGGCGUCCGAAGCUCAGGAGUCAACUUCAUUUUUUGGACAGGAAUGGUCAUCUACGGAAUAUUUAAACUGAGGUCAUACAUCCUCAUCUCAAUGGAUGAAGGACAGCAGGUCGAUGUGUUCCGAUUGACAACAUUCUGUGUGCAGCUCUUAGUGUAUCUGGUGGAGUUUGUAUUGUCCUUUUUCCCUGAGCCUAAACCACGAAGACGCCUCUACCAACUCGGCCUUGAUGAUGAGCGGAAAUCAUGUCCAGAGGAACACGCCACCUUCCUCUCUCGAAUCACUUGGUGGUGGCAGAACGGACAGAUCUGGCAUGGCUGGCGACGCCCACUCAAGUACGAUGAUCUGGUCGACCUCAACACCUAUGAUAAGUCGGAGGCCAUUGCUCCAGUCUUCCAGAAGCAUUGGAACAAGGAACUGUGCAAAGCAGGGAUAAGCUUCCAGCAAGAGUCCAACACUACCACAGCCCCCACUCUAAACGUUCAAGACUCCGAGUACCAGUCCCUGAGCACACAUGUGAGCGACAGGACCCGGGUGGUCUCCCCUUCCACUAACAGACAAGCCACUCAAUCUACCAGCAAUCCUUCUCUUGUGUUGGCACUAGUGAAGACGUUUGGUUGGGAGUUUUCUGUCGCAGGUUUCUACAAGAUCUUCCAAGACUUACUCCUAUUUGCAAGCCCACAAAUUCUCAAGCUUCUCAUUGGGUUCACUGAGGACAAGAACGAACCCAACUGGAAAGGGUACUUAUAUGCAGCGCUGCUGUUUAUAGCCGCUGUGUUCCAGUCAUUGUUGGCUCACCAAUAUUUCCACGGCUGCUUCAGAGUCGGCAUGAGGAUUAGAACAGCUGUCAUCGCCUCUGUCUAUGCAAAGGCUCUUCGUAUGAGCACCAAGGCUCGUCGCACCAGCACAGUCGGGGAGAUAGUCAACCUCAUGUCAGUAGAUGCUCAGAUGUUCAUGGACCUCAUGCCCUAUCUCCACAUGUUGUGGUCUGCUCCGUUCCAGAUUGUGCUAGCUCUUAUCUUCCUGUGGUUCUCCAUGGGUCCCUCCAUCUUUGCCGGGUUCUUUGUUAUGGUGUUGAUGGUGCCUCUCAAUGCAAUCAUUGCCGUUAAGGGGAGGCAGUACCAAAUCAAGUUGAUGGCCUAUAAGGACUCUCGCAUCAAGCUCGUCAACGAAGUUCUCAACGGUAUCAAGGUGAUCAAGUUGUAUGCGUGGGAGCGUCCGUUCCAACAGCUGGUGGAGAAGAUGCGAGGCAAUGAGUUAAGCAUCCUCCUCAAGUCAGCCUUCCUCAAUGCAGCCACCUCCUUCACUUGGACCUGCGCCCCCUUCCUUGUAUCGCUAGCAACGUUUGCAACAUAUGCGCUCGUGAACAAGGACUCGACGAACCCUGCCGAUCGUCUGACAGCUGACAAAGUGUUUGUGGCCCUCUCCCUGUUCAAUAUCCUCAGAUACCCUCUCAUCAUGCUGCCCCUUCUCGUGAAUUUCCUCAUUCAGGCGAGUGUGUCGAAGAAGCGGUUGAGUAACUACCUGAGGAAGGAAGAGCUGGACCCGUCAUGUGUCAACAGAAGACUUACUCCUGCUACAGGUGAUGAGGACUCAGUGUCAGUGAAAAACGGAACAUUCACCUGGGAAGAUGAGGCCAAACCAACGCUGACAGAUGUUAAUCUGAACAUCAAGCCAGGUGAGCUGUUAGCAGUUGUCGGUUUGGUGGGUGCAGGCAAGUCCUCUCUCGUCCAAGCCAUUCUCGGGGAGAUGGUCAAGCUGAACGGAGACGUCAUCAUCAAUGGAUCAGUAGCAUACGUCCCUCAACAAGCCUGGAUUCAGAAUGCCACAGUCAAGGACAACAUUCUGUUUGGGAAAGCGUACAAUGAGCGUCUGUACAAAACCACCAUCAAGGCCUGUGCUCUGGAAACUGACCUGGAGAUACUGCCAGCAGGGGACGAGACGGAGAUCGGAGAGAAGGGCAUCAACCUGAGUGGUGGUCAGAAGCAGAGAGUGAGUUUAGCCCGUGCAGUGUACCAGGAGGCCGAUGUCUACCUUUUGGACGACCCUCUCAGUGCCGUGGACUCUCAUGUUGGCAAGCAUAUCUUUGAUGAGGUCAUUGGUCCAGACGGAAUGCUUGCAGGAAAGGUGCGUGUGCUAGUCACCCAUGGAAUUGGGUUCCUGUCGCAGUGUGAUAGAGUGGCGAGCCUCAAAGAAGGGAGGAUCGCGGAGGUGGGCAGUUAUGCUGAGCUCAUUGACCAGGACGGACCAUUUGCUGAGUUUAUCAGGCACCACACUGGAGGUCCUGACGUGGAGGAAGACCUACCAGCAUUCUCUGAGUACGGUGAGUUUGAUGAGGAUGCAAUGCCUGAUGUGACGGAAGACUCUGAUAUGGUGGUGGACAAGACUGAGCUGCACUCCAGGAGAGUCGCACAAACCAAACACCUCGCAAGACAAAGGUCCAUGGAGAGCACGUCACGUCCCGAGUCACGGAAGAGUGAGUCGAGGAGUGUGUCAAAGGCAGAGCUGAAGCGACAGCUGUCCAAGCAGUUCUCACGACAACAGUCGCAGAAGGAGGCGGAGGAAGAGGAGGCAGCCGGAGGAACACUCAUUCAGGAUGAGAAAGCAGAGAGUGGAGCUGUCAAACUGUCUGUAUUCGUCGCGUACAUCAAAGCUUGCACCUACUACAUCUCAUUUCUGGUACUAUUCUUCAUCUUCUUGUCCAACGCUGCGUCUCUUGGAUCCAACUUCUGGCUUGCUGACUACAGCAACCAGAACGAUGCGGCAGCUGGUAACUCAUCUAACGCCACUGUGGGUAACUCAUCUAACGCCACUAGUACUGUGGGUGAAGACAUUGGUCUCUUUCUCGGAGUGUAUGCAGCUCUUGGUUUUUCCCAAGCCUUGUUCGUUUUAGUCGGAGCAUUCUGUCUGGCUUUCGGAGCCUACAAAGCCUCUCAGACUCUGCACGAGAAACUACUGUUCAGCAUCUUAAGAUCUCCCAUGUCUUUCUUUGAUACCACUCCGCUGGGUAGAAUUCUCAACCGCUUUUCAAAGGAUGUGUACAUCAUUGACCAGACAUUACCCUGGACAAUGAGAAUGUUUCUGAUGAUGGUAUUCAGUGUUUUGAGCACUAUUCUCGUGAUUGUUAUAGCAACCCCGAUCUUCUUGGCUGUCAUUGUGCCGCUAGGUGUAUUCUACGUUUUGGUGCAGCGUGUGUAUGUGGCCACCUCUCGUCAACUCAAGCGAUUGGAAUCCGUCUCCCGCUCCCCCAUCUACACCCACUUUCAGGAGUCUGUGACGGGUGCUCCCAGUAUCAGAGCUUACCAAACCCAGGAGAGGUUUCUCAGGGAAAGUGAAGCCAGGGUGGACCACAAUCAGAUUGCUUACUACCCAGGGAUAUGCGCCAACAGGUGGUUGGCCAUUCGUCUUGAGUUUGUUGGCAACCUGGUGAUCUUAUUUGCUGCUCUGUUUGCUGUGAUCCAGCGUAAUUAUGCCGACGUGAUCAACCUUCCGAUCACUGCUGGUCUGGUUGGUCUCUCCAUCAGCUAUGCUCUACAAGUCACCACUGCACUCAAUAUGAUGGUGAGGAUGACCAGUGACCUGGAGACCAACAUUGUGGCUGUCGAGAGGACUAAGGAGUACGCAGAGACUCCUAAUGAGGCGCCUCCUGUGGUGGAAGACAAUCGCCCUGCUCCUGAAUGGCCGCAAGGUGGUCAUCUGACUUUCAAUCACUACGCUACUCGCUAUCGGGAGGGGCUGGACUUGGUGUUGAAGGACAUUCAGUGUGACGUACCCUCUGGGACCAAGAUUGGUAUAGUGGGUCGUACUGGUGCAGGAAAGUCAUCGCUCACUCUGGCUCUGUUCCGGAUCAUUGAGCCAGCCGGAGGCUCCAUCCUUAUUGAUGGAAUUGACAUUGCCAGUCUCGGACUGGAAGACUUGAGGUCAAAGAUCACCAUCAUCCCACAGGAUCCAGUGCUCUUUUCUGGUGACUUGCGGAUGAAUCUUGACCCGUUUGAGAACUACAGUGAUGAUCAGAUCUGGCGAGCCCUGGAGAGUGCUCACUUGAGUGCCUUUGUCUCCUCACUGGAGGAGAAGCUUAUGUACCCCAUCGCAGAGGGCGGAGAGAACCUUAGUGUUGGUCAGCGUCAGCUGGUGUGUCUGGCUCGAGCUCUCCUCCGUAAGACCAAGAUCCUGGUGUUGGAUGAGGCCACAGCUGCCGUGGACCUGGAGACUGAUGACCUCAUCCAGAAGACCAUACGAACAGAGUUUGCUGACUGCACCGUUGUCACCAUCGCACACAGACUCAACACCAUCAUUGAUUACGACAUAAUAAUGGUGUUAGAUGCUGGACGAAUUGUUGAGUUUGACCCACCUGGCGACCUGCUGAAUAACAAGAAUAGCGUGUUUUACUCUAUGGCUGAAGAUGCCGGUUUAGUAAGUUAGCUACGUAUCUAUACAUACAUGUAGCUCGGUGAACAAUGAAUAGUGUAGAUGAAUAAACAUAUAAACAUAACCUCUUUUUAGAUAUUGUUAUCAUUCAAGCAGAACAUUUACCGCACAUAAGUUAUUGAUGUAGAAAAACAAUCACACUUUCUUUUAUCCAUUGUUUUAAUAACCUUCUGAUCAUUGAUCGUAUAAUUUUUGACAGUAUGGACUCUUGAUGUAUUGUAGUUAUGAUUGCA